GCAGACCUUCCAUGUGCCGGCAAAAUGGCGGUUACAGCAAAAAUCUGAAAAUUGAAAUGGUUAUUUUAAUGUUUUCUUAAUGUAGACCAUAAUGAUUUGUAAAAACCAUUACUCACGUGAUACAACCUCACUUUAAAGUUAUGCAGCUGGCGGGUAAAGCAAGCAGGGUGUCAGAGUUCAAGACUUUUCCACCAGAUUCCCUGGCAUGUCUUGAGGAACAACCUGCAGGGGCUAUCUCUGGAGUCUCUAAAGAUGGAAGAAACUGCUGGGGUGUGCGGGGAUGUCACCUGGAAGUGCUGGACACAUCAACUGGGGACCGUAAAGCAGCCUGGCAGUUUGGAAAACUAACAGGGGAUGCCCAUACCAGAGUAACCUGUGUUAAGGAGAUGUGUCCCCAUGUAGGGGCGAUAGGGGGCGGGGCUCUUAAGCUGCUUGUAGGUGUAUGUGAUGCCUCACCCACUGGCCUCCUCUGCUUGUUUGAUGUGGCCUCAGCUAAGGUGGUGAAGGCCAUAGAAGUUCCAUACCCUGUGACUGAGGUGGAAGUUGUGUCGAUUCAUUCACAGUCUGUGGCCCCUCGUUGGGCCCUCAGUGAACACCUGACCUACUUUAUUGGCCUGGUUGCCGUUGGGACAAACACUGGACAUAUCAUUCUCGUUGACCUGUGUCUAGAUGAUCAGGAAUUCUACUCAGAUGAGGAGCUACCCAGCCACCUACACAUGAUAUCUCCACGAGUACGAGAUAUUGAGAACCAGCGCUUCCAUUGUAUGUCACAGGGCCUGCAUCUAGCCAUGGACAUCAAUGAGACCAUGUUUACACGAAGUGGGUUUGAGUAUCAGAAACCUGAUGGCCUUGUAAUGAAGACAUUCCGGCCAGACAUGGUAGCAGUGACCUGUCUACGAUACACACCACAGGCGGGACUCCUCAUUGUGGGCUUCAACUUUGGCUGCUUUCAGCUCUGGAAACUUCAUGUUCCUGUAUUAGAGUACAGCAGUCGUCUAGAGUCGGAACCCCUACCUAUCUCUCACAUAACUUACCAGGAGCCAGAAAAUGACCCCAAAAAUUUCUGUUAUAUCUGGGUGGCGCGAGGACAGCCUGAGAUGGAUGAUGGAGGCUAUGAUCCUUCAGUUAGCAGUAUAGCCCUUUAUCAGUUAGCCUUCAACCACAAAGCCUUCUACAGCAACUACGGUGUAUUUUAUGACGGCUUAGCCUCCGUCGGACUUCGUAUGGAACAUAAUUUGACAGCAAACCUGGUUCAGACUGGUUCAAACUUUGAAGGCUCGAGUAAAGUGAUUUCCUGUUCAAAUAUGAGUGAUCCAUUCUACCAGCCCCCUGCUGUGCAGCAAAAGGACGAAUCAUUUGAAGAAGCGGGCCAGGGUCCAGACCUGAGUCUGUGCAUGUUUGUUUGGGAGACGACGGAUGGACAGUCCCAUGUAGGCAGAUAUCUGGCAGUGUUUGAUAUCAACCGAUGGUACCAAGCUCAGAUGCCCGCUUCUGUCAGGUAUGUGAGUGGACUGCAGGAUGUGUGUGCCUAUUUCUCCUGGUGCAAGCUGGACUCUGCCGUGGAAAAGGCAUCCAAUGAUACUCUAGUAGCCGCUCAUGUGUCCGCUGACAGACUGCGAAGAUUUGAUAGCAGCCUGCCCAUGCCUCCAGAACAACACUUCUACCCAUCUGCCCUCGCCUUUGACACCCUGCUUGUGUUUGAGACAGGGGUGUUAUCAGCGCGGUAUCUUGGUUCCCAGCGGCAGAUUCUCUGUCACAUGGAGAUGCAGGGCCCUGGAGUACUGGUACUUCCACAGGAGUUACAUUCCACCUGUAUACAUGUGGGGCUGCUUCCGCGACCAGCCAGUAUAGUGGCUGUACACCCAACAUUGGCUGCCCAGAGAGAAGCCCUGUUUUCUGUGGCCCUUGAGUAUAACUUGGUCAACUUCAUCAAGACCUGUAUAGCUCAGUGGGCAGAUGGAGAGUAUGAGCACCAGGGCUGUACACUGAAGUCUGUGUUGGACUGGACCUGGGACACUGUGUCGAAACUCAAACACCAGAUUGACACAUUGAGCGCUCCACUGUACAACUGGUCAGGACUCACACUAGAUGAGCGGGCCGUUCAAACACUUGUUCAGUGCAACCAGAAGCUUGCCAAUUUGAUCUGUGUGCUGAAGGUGUUUGUUUCCCAGACUGGUCCCAUAUCUGUGGCUGGAGAGGCAGAGUUGAACAGUAAAAUACUGGUGACCAGUCUGAUCAACCAGCAUCUCAGUGUGGUCAUGUGGUUCUUCUCAGUUGGACUGUUGCCAGAAAAUGAUGACACUGAGGUGACACUAGGCGGCCAAUACUGCUACCCAGCAACCAGCCUCAUGUCUGCAUACAAGUCACGCAGGGAGGAGCUGGCUGGUAUACAUGUAGAUGUGGGAGAGACAGACCUAUUGCUAAUAGAUGGGCUUGUGGAACAUAUCGGAGUGAAGUCUGUGUGGGACAGGGAGGGUGGCACUGGACUGUACCCUCCACCCAGUCUUCAUGCACUUCUGUCUUGUUACCUGCUGGAAAGCAGUGAUGUGUUGUCUAAACACUGCCUGGUCUUGUAUGUCCUGCUGGACCUUGUGUCUGUUGAUAGUUCUGCCGAGGACGAGAAUUUUUCAGAGAAAGUGAAUGGUUUUGCCAAGCGGUUCCACCUGCCAGCCACUCUAGUCAAGUUGAUACAGGCUUUCUGGCUGCUAGACCACAGGGACUUCGAGGAAUCUCUUAAAUUAUUACUAGACCCAAUGGUGCGUACAGAGUUCAGUAGAUGGCAGCAUCGCCGUAUUAUCAAGUCUCUGCUAUACCAGGGGGAUGCAAGAAUGGCCCUACGAUAUAUCUCCACCCUCAAGCCCGCUCUUACCACUCCUGAAGAUGUGAAGCUCAAACUUACUGUGCUUCUUGCAAAUGGGAUGAUAGAGUCAGCCCUGGAUUACCAGAGGAAGUGUAGAGACAAGACCAACAUGCAGGAUUUACUGGCUCAUCUUUUCCUGGGAUGUCAGCAGACUAAGACAGUAGACAGACUACUACAGUUGCCCUUGACAGAGUUAGAGGAGUCGAGCCUUGUUAGCCAUCUGAUGUCAAGCUCCGAGCCCCACUCCCAGGAGCUCCUUGUGAUGCACUACCUACAGAGGGCAAGAUUUGUGGAGGCUGUACAGCUCAAUGAAAGGCUUAAACAUUCAAUCAUGACUGAAGGCUGCCCUAAAGCACGAGAGAGAGCAUCAGCAAGGAACGCCAUUGUGGAGAAAUAUGCAAGUGUUCUGCCCAGUGUACAACGCAGGCUGCUGUUUGAGCAGACACAUGUGCCCAAGAAAAACACCCAGUGGAGAAGAGAAAUUCGCCGUCCCACCCCCCUGUCCACCAAGCUCACUCACCGGCAGAGCAAGGUGACAUCUCAGUCCACAUAUAUCAUGACCAUCAUGGAAACACUUGAUGAAAUUGAGGACAACAAGAAUGAUGAGACAAAGCCACUUGAUCGUUCAGCAGGUCCCUUUGUAUGCACGCCUGUAACUCCAGCUAGAAGAUCACUUAGGGACACCCCAGUCACAGUAUAUCUAGAGGACGAUGGUAACGACGCCAGUGGGCUGUUUUCCCUAAAUCGGUCCAUAUCUAUGUUACAUGGGCCGGACACUGGUACCCCUGACAGGACAUUUGCUAGAAACACGACCCGUUAUGUAUCAGCAUCCUGCCUCACGCUACUACAGACCCCCACUGUUAGAAAAGUGACCCCUCGAAAGAGCAGGCCGUCCCUGUCACAGGCGAUUACUCCACAGUCAAUACUGAAAGUCCGCAACAUGAUAUCUACAACCUCUCCUAGCCCACAUAGUGGAGGCACCACACCUAACUCGCUAGAGACAGAGGGGAGUGCCCGCAAAUUUCCCCGGAAACUGGGUUACAGUGGAUCCACGCCCUUAUCAAGCCUUCCCCGUCACCUCAUGUCUCAGACUGGCUCAGCCCCUGCCUCUCCCAAAUCAGUCUCCUUCAUUGAGCCGGCAGAUGAGGCAGUAAUCUCUGUCACUCCAAAACAGACCGCCAGAUCAUCCAAACCCUCCACUCCAAAAUCUGUUUCCUUUGCUGAUACGCCUUUCUCAACGGUGACAAAGUUGAAACCCCUAUCAACUCCUAAGGCCCAGAAGUCGGGAGGUCAGAGAUCACCAAUUUCAAAGUCACCAGGCAGCCCAAGGUCAUUGAGGGAUAGGAGCCCUACUCCAGAAAGCAUGGAGAAGUCUCCACGCCAUGCAUCUCACGUUGAUCGCCUACAAAGACUCCCGCUACAUGAGGACCUGAGCCCGGACGCGGCAGUAAGGCAUGAUGGAAGGUCAGGGGUGACAGAGGACAGUGACCUUAAACUACGACUGGAGGAGAGUGAUGAAAAUAUCAGUGAUGAAGAUGUUGAAGAAAUGGAAGGCAGCUUUAUGUCUCCGGCUACUUCACCUGCAUCAGCUGACCUCUCUCAUGUCUCCAUGGCAACUGUGCGUGAACUAGCACUUACUACAAGCACUUCACCUGAUAUCAGCCAAAUGGAACCAUCAACUUCAAUUUCCCCAAGGAAAUCUCCAUCCUCGCCAACUGUGAAAAUUUCAAAAUCACAUGUGUCUGAAUUUGCUGCUAAAAAUAGCACAGACUCCACUGAGAACACUCAGGAGCAUGUUCAAUCAGCAACUACCUCAACUGAACAUGUGCAGACUGGUUCACUGAAUUUUGGAAAACUUAAGACAAGUGAAGAACCAGUCAGUAUUGAUCUGACUGAGUCCAAUGAUGAAAUGGAGGUGGAAGAAAGUGAAAAUGAAGGAAAAGUGGAACAAACUGGUGAGAUAUUUAAAGACUAUGAAGAAAUUCAUCCUCCAGGUGGUAUUGAAGAAGAGCCAAUGGAGGAUACUAUAUCAGAAGUUGGGGAUAUUGUAGAUGAAAAUGUUGCUCAAGAGAAAGUUAAUGCACAUAUAGAACAAGAGGUGGAAAAUGAAGUAGCUAAAGUGGAGGUCGUCGUUGAUGAGGAUAUUGUGUUUAAGACUCCGGUAAAGCAGGAACCAGUUGAAGAGGAGGAAGACAAUUCGAAAACGGGCAGCAAUGUUCAACAAACAUCUCCAGGACUGGUUGUCUUUGAUAAACAAUUGCAGAGAAAAAGCCUUACACCACCAUCUGAGAGAAACAUUCCAUUGAUAAAAAAGAAGGACUCGCCACCUGAUUCAGAAUAUGGUGUUCAGAGUCCUGAGGUACAUGGACAAAAUGUUGCUCAUAUCUUGGAAGAAAUAGAUAACAGAUUUGCUGAUACUCCUGUCAAAGAAGAGGAAGAGGAUGUGAAAAGAAAUAUCAAAACUGAAGCACAAGGAAAACCUCGUGCAAGAAGAAAGUUUGAGAUUGGUACUGAUGUAAAUGAAGCAGAUGUUGAAGAAAUGUCUGAAACUGUUGAAAACAUUGAUGACAAUGUAGAGCAAGUUGUUUCUUCUACAGUAACUGUUGCUGAACCAGAAAGCUCUGUGCAAGAACCUACCACCCCAACAAGAUCUUCGCGUAGGCUACAUCGCAAUGAUAAAAGUCCAGAAAAAGCCUCAGGAUCUCUUGAGGAACCAGUCACACCUAGUCGAUCCACUAGAGGUAGAAAGAAGAAAGAUGAAGGAGAAGUCACCCAAGAAGAGACUGUUACUCCAACAAGAUCAACUAGAAGGCAAAGCAGAGAGUUAGCUAGCCCAUCAAGAGAGGGGGCAGUCAGUUCUACAAGGUCAUUACACAGACAGGCAAGGAUUGAGAAAAUAAAAGAUAACCUUGUAGCAAUAGAAGCAAAAUCACGGAAACCGUUCUCCCAAGAAGCAAAAGAAGCUGUUCAAGAGUCAUUGCUCCAAAUUUCUGAAGAGUUAAGAGAUAAAGAUAAAGAAGAUGAGGUUGAUGAUGACACUAUGACUAAAAUUAAAGAUAAGAUUGUUGAAUCACCACCAAGAACUCCAAUUCGGGGUAGAAAAAAGGCUGAAACGUCUACAAGAUCUUCAACUAGACACAAAAAAUCAGAUGAAGAUAGUGGUGGUAAUGAUGAGAAUAUUCCUGUUACGCCUACAAGAACAAGAAGAGGUACUAAACAAACAAGUUCACCAAAGUCAGAGGUAAAAACAAAGGCUACUACUCCACGAAGAGGACGGAAGAAAGCAGAUACUGGAUCAGAUGAUGAUAAGAGUAAUAACAAUGCUAUAGAAUUAGGACCAGUGGAAGGUGUUAGUUUUACAGAACCACUGACUGUGAAAGGUGCUAAUACUGCUGUUAAUGUUGAAAUCAAUGACAGUUUUGGCCAUUCUGUGAUUCCUGAGGAUGUUGAAGUUGAUGACGCUACACCUGGUACACCAUCUAGAAGAAGUCUUAGUAGAUCAUGUAAGAAACAUGUGGAUGAAAAUGAUGUCCCUAAAACUCCAACUAGGAGACAAAGCUUAAGAAGAGGUAAUAAAACUGAUGAUAUUGAUGUGGAUUUGCCCAGGACUCCAACAAGAAGAAGUCUUGGUAGAGCAGUAAAAGCACAACUAGUAGAAGAGGAAAAUGUUCCAAAAACUCCCACAAGACGGCAAAGUGUAGGUAGAGGUCAGAAGGUCGAUAAUGAUGAAACAGAAGCUCCUAAAACUCCCACAAGACAGCAAAGUGUAGGUAGAGGUCAGAAGGCUGAAAAUGAUGAAACAGAAGUUCCUAAAACUCCCACAAGACGGCAAAGUGUAGGUAGAGGUCAGAAGGCUGAAAAUGAUGAAGCAGAAGCUCCUAAAACUCCUACAAGACGGCAAAGUCUAGGUAGAAGCGGUAAAUCACAAGUUGAGGAAGAAAAUGUGCCUAAAACUCCUACUAGGAGGCAAAGUGCAGGUAGACCAAGAAAACAGGGAGAAACUGCAUUUGAUAAUGAAGAAAAAGGAAAAGCAACUACUCCUUCUAGAGGGAGAGGUAAAAAGUAUGUAGAUAUGGAGGUAACUGAAACAGAAAAACUUGAUGAAGGUGAUAUUGAUAAUAAACAAGAUACUAAAAAGGCAACUCCAUCGAGACGUGGUAGACCUAAAAAAACUGAUAGUUCUCCUGAGAAAGAUGUAGCCAUAGCUGAACUAGAAAAACCUGUAACACCCUCGAGAAGGGGCCGACCUAAAAAAACUGAUGCUUCAUCAGAAAAGGUGGAAAAAGUGACUACACCAUCAAGGAGGGGUCAUAAAAAAGAUGUAAAAUCGGACUCAGAGGAGGAAGUCAAAGAGGAUGGAACUCCAGUGGAGAAAAUGACACCUUCUCGAAGAAAGAAGACAAAAACAGAAGCAACCCCAGCUGCUAGGACACGGUCCCAUGAUCAAGAAAUUGAGGAGACAGAUAUGCCUUCCUUGCAGCCUGAUUUGUAUGACAUUCAACCGUCUGGUUUCCAGUUUUCUGACCCUAUGCAUGUUGCUAGCUCUGAGGAUAUACAACCACCAAAGGCCUUCACCCCGGUCAAAUCCUUCAUAUUCUCUCCACCUGUCAAUCAUACCCGCCCAAUGAGAGGGGUGGAGCUAGAGCAGGCCCCGCCUAUCCUGCUUCCUGAACAGACACACCCACCUGAGGAGGAGGCCAAAGACAAGGGGAAGAAAACUACUGUGAAAAGAAAGAAGAAGCUGUACAAGGAACAGGAUGAGCUGUUACUGAUAAGCCCUGCCAGCGUUACCACGGCAUCACCAAGUGAGGAAGGUCGAGGGGUAGUCACCAGGGAAACCAGGGCUCGGAAAGCUCAAACAAAGAAAGAUGGGACUAAAAUUGUGGUGCAAGGGAUAGAAAAGGCACUCAGGGGACGGAAAAGUAGCUACCGCAUGGGGCCUGUGACUAAAAAGAAAUGAUUUUGUGGUGUGUAGUGUUUUUGAGGGUCAUUGUGAAAUAUUGAAAUGUGAUUGGUCGAAGAUGCUCAAUAAAGAAGUCAACAAGUAAAUUUCACCAACAGACAAUAAAAUAAAUUUGGAAUGUGAAAAAGUAUUGCUCAUUCUAAUGCUAUUACAAAUAGUAAAAUUAUUGUGAGAACAGUCAUAAUUUUAUUAUGAAUCUGGUCUGUAGCAAGAUACUUAUUAUGCAUUAUAUGGACAAUCUACAUGCAAGACAUCGCAGCAUUUAUUGUUUCAAAAUUAUUUUUUUUCAAAAAAUACGAACAUAUGUUUGAUUUAUGAUGUCGUAGGGAAAUCUUGUGUGCAUUAGUUCUGGUAUUAUUAUAUUCUUUAAUCUUACAUCUGUGCAACAGAGUUGACUAAUGUAAGGCAUUAACACCGAAAUGUGUUCACAAUGUGAGAUGAAUGCCACCUUACUACAUUUAUCUAUGUGUUUAUAUCUGUAUAGUGCCGACCCACUUCAUGACUGUAUAAUAUGAUAUGCAUUGCUGUUAUAUGUUGAGCUUAUUUGUACAAUAAAGAUCUACUGAACAUUC